AUGCGAAAAAACCGCGAGUUUUUUCUCGUUCUCUUCCUCGUCGUCUUCAUUCUCUUCUACUUCAUCACCUCCAGGUAAGCCCGCUGAAUUGGUGGCUUCAGUCCAGACUCCGCCUUUUCAGGACAUCAGAAGAUCCGUACUACACUAGGCGGGAAAAGUUUAUUGCCGAGAAGCCUCCAUUAGUAGUGAGACCCGAUGAUGGAUACAAUAGGACGUCUCCUUUCAUAUUCAUAGGUAAUAAGAGCGCCCAAAUGUGGGUCAAGAAAAGAGAAAGUCAAAAAGACAUUUAAAGUUCAAAAGAUCUAAAUAUAAAUCUGAAAUCACCGGUGUUUGAUGCACUAUCGUUCUAGAAACUUCCGCCACUGAUCAUCCUAGCGCAAUAGGUAGAAUUCCCCCGUCUGAUAACUGUUAUCUUCCGAACAAACUGUCAUAUCAGUUAUAAAAAUAGCAGAUGGAAUCGUCGAAAAUGUGUGAUCAGGGAAGAGGGCAUAAAGCACGUGUUCAUAGUCUGAACUAUAAAAACUGAUGAAUAUUCAAUUUGAAGGAGGAGUCCCCCGUUCCGGUACUACCCUGAUGCGUGCAAUGCUUGAUGCGCAUUCGGAAGUUCGGUGUGGAGAAGAGACACGUGUCAUCCCACGCAUUCUGAAUCUCCGAUCCCAAUGGAAGAAGUCGGAGAAGGAGUGGAAUAGGUUGCAGCAAGCGGGUGUCACCGGAGAAGUCAUCAACAAUGCCAUCAGCUCGUUCAUCAUGGAGGUAUGAACAAAUGAAAAACUGAAAUUAGGACUAUUCGGAUGAGAUUUCAGGUGAUCGUGGGCCAUGGAGAUCGGGCUCCUCGACUCUGCAACAAGGAUCCGUUCACAAUGAAAUCGGCGGUUUAUCUGAAAGAACUGUUCCCGAACGCCAAGUACCUUCUGAUGGUCCGCGACGGAAGGGCCACUGUGAACAGCAUAAUCUCCCGGAAAGUGACCAUCACAGGAUUCGAUCUGAACGACUUCCGACAGUGCAUGACUAAGUGGAAUGCGGCCAUCGAGAUUAUGGUCGAUCAGUGCGAGAAUGUCGGAGAAAACUGUCUCAAAGUGUAUUACGAGCAGUUGGUUCUUCAUCCAGAAGCGCAGAUGCGGAAGAUCCUGCAGUUCCUGGGACUCCCGUGGGACGACAAAGUACUGCAUCACGAGCAGUUAAUCGGGAAGGAUAUUUCACUUUCGAACGUGGAAAGGAGUUCGGAUCAAGUGGUGAAGCCGGUGAAUUUGGAUGCGUUGAGCAAGUGGGUCGGCACGAUUCCAGAAGACGUUGUCAAGGAUAUGGAUAAGGUUGCGCCCAUGCUGAGGAGGCUGGGAUACGAUCCGAAUGCGAAUCCUCCGAACUACGGUACAGAAGAGCUUCGCGUAAUUUCCCUCAUUUCUACUUUUGCAGGAAAACCCGACGAAAUUGUGGCAAAAAAGACGGAGGACGUACACAAAAACGGGGCGGAAUGGUACAAAAAGGCGGUGAAAGUGGUGAACGAUCCAGCGAGAGUUGACAAACCGAUCGUCGACAGUGAAGCCGUCAAAAUAUAA